UUGAAACAUAUAGGUAUUACAGAUUUACUUCAGGGUUGCCAUGGGGCGUUGGUGGUGCUGGCUACUGGCCAGUCACUCCACUCUCAUCCUCCUCUCUAACUCCAGGGUUGCCAUGGGGCGUUGGUGGUGCUGGCUACUGGCCACUCACUCCAAUCUCAUCCUCCUCUCUAACUCCAGGGUUGCCAUGGGGCGUUGGUGGUGCUGGCUACUGGUAACCUUGCUAUGGGUUUCCACGAUAACAAACCCAUGCCUUGGCCAGAGUGGUGACAGUGGCGACUGGGGCUCGGGCUUCGAUGUCUCCAUGACGACCCUCUGCACCAACAAGAACACGUCCUCCUCCCAGGAGCCAGGAGAUUACCCUGCGGGGUCAGAAACAGAGACAAGAGGAUCCUGGGUAAAAAUACUUCCACCUAAGCCAGUGUUCCACUACAAGCCAGAGCCAGAUGAGUGCUCUGUCCACUUCAGCACCAGUCAGGUUUCCGCCAGGCGCCUCAAGGCCCAGAGAGAAGAGUUGGCCUACCUGAAGGCUAUACAGCAUGGGAACCAGGCGGUGGUGGAGAACCUAGUCCAGUACAUAGGAGCAGAGCUGGGGGAGGAGCAGCGCUAUGAGGACGUCAUCGAGGAAAACAUAGCGGGCAUCAGGGAGGAGCACCAGAGCUGUAACGGUGUGGUCCAGAAGGUGAUGGAGGAUCUGGAGGGACAGCUGGAAGGAGAUGUACUGGAGGCUCUGACUGAGAUACUGAAAAUCAAAGAGGAGUCCCUGGCGUUCGAGGGCCUCUUCCAGGCAGCAGCGGACAUCGCCAUGAGGCUGGAUGCCUUGUCUCAGACCCUCCACGCCUCCUUCACCAAACAGCUCAAAGACUCUCUCAAAACUUUACAUCGCUAAAGAGACU